GCUCCUUGCCCAAUGUUCGCGCCCUUCGCGCCCAUGUUAAGGCGGGCAGCUCUUGUGCCUUCCGUUCACCGACUUCUUCCCUCGAAUUCUCGUUCAUUAUACCAAAAUAUCAUCAAAAGACAUGAGGACAUGGCGACGGAACACGGUUCACCGUCAUCAUCCGGGGAAAUGCAUGAUGCACUGGACGUCCUAUCCUCGGAGUCAUCACCAAUAUCAACUAUUCCUCUCGAUCCUGACACCGACUAUGCGGCCCUCGCAAUACCCUCACUUCAAUCAAAAAACAAGGCGAAUUUACCUCCCCUCAUGAAUAUUCCACCACAAGAAGACCCUCUCCUCCAUCACAUUGCGUCGCGAAUCAUGAAUCACGGAGAGCGAGCCAAAGCAUCGCGUACCGUUUCCCAAAUGCUCCUUCACCUCCACGCCUGGACUCGUUCACCACCAUUACCUAUUCUUCGACAAGCCAUUUUCAAGCUCUCACCAGCUGUGAAGGUGAUAGGACAUAAGCAUUCUACCAAAAUGAUUUACAAGCCUGUGCCGUUGAGUGAAAAGCAAGGGAUUUGGUUGGCGACUGAGUGGAUAUUGGAUGCUAUAAAGGGCCGGCAAGGAGGUCCUACGUUGGCAGAAAGAAUGGCUAGAGAGGUCAUUCUCAUUCUCAAAAACGAAAGCAAGACGCUUGAGAAAAAGGAGGCAUACCACAAAUCAGCAAUGAUGAACCGUGGAAACAUAGCUAUUGCCCGCACCUAGCAGUCAUGUCGGAAAGAAGCCAUCCAGAAUUCUUUUGAUCUGUCAGUGAUAUCCCGAAGUUAAAUUGCCUUGAACACAACGUUAUCGGGGGGAAUUGAUAAAGUUUUGGACCAGCCGCUCAGUUGGUCGAAGAACGUCUCAUGAUCUAUCACUUCUCAUACUUCAGACACAUUAUUUCAUGCCAUUACUAAAUUAGUCUAUUUCCAAUACUACCGAGUAAACAGGCCCUCA